AUGUCGGACGAGGCUGUCGCUCUCGUGGUGGACAAUGGCAGUGGCAUGUGCAAGGCCGGCUUCUCCGGUGACGACGCUCCGCGAACGGUUUUUCCCUCCCUGAUCGGGCGACCGAAGCACCGGAGCAUCGUGGUGGGGAUGGAUCAGAAAGACCACUACGUCGGAGACGAAGCGCAAGCAAAGCGUGGUGUCCUGGCUCUCAAGUACCCUAUCGAGCACGGCAUCGUGACGAACUGGGACGACAUGGAGCGAAUCUGGCACCACACUUUCUACAACGAGCUGCGCGUAUCGCCCGAAGAGCAUCCGGUUCUGCUUACAGAAGCGCCACUGAAUCCGAAGGCCAACCGCGAGCGCAUGACACAGAUUAUGUUCGAGACGUUCGGAGUGCCAGCGAUGUAUGUGGCGAUUCAGGCGGUGCUCUCGCUGUAUUCCUCCGGCAGAACUACAGGCAUCGUCAUGGAUUCGGGAGAUGGCGUGUCGCACACAGUUCCCAUAUACGAGGGAUACGCACUUCCCCAUGCCAUUGCACGCCUGGAUCUAGCUGGCCGUGACCUUACCGAAUACAUGAUGAAGAUCAUGACGGAGAGUGGCUACUCCUUCAGCAACAGCGCUGAACGAGAGAUCGUGCGAGACAUCAAGGAGAAGCUUUGCUACAUCGCCCUGGACUUCAACAGUGAGCUGAAGUCUGCAGCGGAGAGCAGCGAUGGUGCGAAGACCUAUGAGUUGCCGGAUGGGAACAUCGUCUCUUUGCACAGCGAGCGCUUCCGCUGCCCAGAGGUGCUGUUCCAGCCCAGCCUGGUGGGCAAGGAGGCGAUGGGAAUCCACGACACCACCUUCCGGUCCAUCAUGAGUUGCGAUGUGGACAUCCGGCGCGACCUCUAUCAGAACGUGGUCCUGUCCGGCGGCUCCACGAUGAUGCCGGGUAUCGGCGAGCGCAUGACCAAGGAGCUUUGUGCCCUGGCACCCUCCACCGUGAAGGUGAAAGUCAUCGCACCCCCUGAGAGGAAGUACAGCGUGUGGAUCGGUGGCUCCAUCCUUUCGUCGCUGAGCACCUUCCAGCAGAUGUGGAUUUCCAAAGCCGAGUACGAUGAGAGCGGGCCGAUGAUCGUCCACCGUAAGUGCAUCUAG